AUGUGCGACGUCGAGUCGGAGCCUGAGCCGGCGCCUGCCGCGGCCGCGGCCGAUUGCGAGGAGGCGCCCGGCGACGUCGGGACCACGCGUCUGCCGGAUCUCUCGCCCGACGGGUGGCCAAUCUACCCGUCUGUGACGGAGCGGUACUUCACAACGUACGUGACCUCCAACCACCAGGCGCUGCACGUCCACUCCAACGGGAUCUGUCUGCUCGGCCUCGCGCCAUCGCACCCGCUGCUGGCGCCCGGCGCGGCGCGGAUCACCGGCGUCGCGUUCCGAGACCACGACGCCAAGAACCUGCUCGCCAACGAGGUGCGCGGCAAGCGCAAGAGCGGCGCAGUCUUUGUGCUGCCGCGCGAUCUCGUCGCCUCCGUCACCACCGAGGCCGGCGGCGACCCGCUGCCGCUGUGGGCGUGUGUGCGCGCCAACGUGAUCGAGGUGAACCGGCGGCUCAUCGAGGAGCCGGAGCUGCUCGGCUCGGCGGGCGGCCGCGGCUGGCUCGCGGUGCUGAUGCCAAAGAUGGCGGAGAAGGGCUCGAUCGGCGCCGCGCUCCUCGAGCUCGACAGGCGCGACGCGGCGGGGAGAGGGAGCGGCACCGAGGAGGGAGGAGGGAGGACGGAACAAGGGGGCUUGCGCUACUUGCGGAAGGGUCUUGAGCCCCCCCACUCCGCUCCCGUUCGCAGGACGGCGCCGCUCCGCGACCCGACCGGCAACCACAAGCGGCGGCGCGACCAGCAGGACGCAUCGGCGCCCGGCGGCGACGAGCAGCAGCCGCGCGUGAGCAGGAAGGCUGCCAGGCGAGCCAGGGUUUGCUGGGACUUUGCAGAGACCGGAACGUGCAAGUUUGCCGACAAGUGCCGCUUCCGGCACGCGGCGCCGUCCGAGGCGCCGUCCGAGGCAGCACCGUCCGUCGGAGGGGCGGAGCCAUCAGGCGGCGCAGAGGCGGGCGAGGCUGCUGAUGCCGGCGAUGGGGGCGAGAGCGGAGGGGUCGGCAGUGGUGGCGCGGAGGGGGGGUGUUGGUGCUAG